CCACCCUCCUCACUCUCUCCCAAAACGCAAGAAAAGAUUACAGAGAGAGAUAGAGAGAGAGAGAGAGAGAGAAAGAGACAGAGGAGAGAAAGAGACAGAGGGUGGGACUCAGAAAUCUCAUCGUCGCUGCCCUUUCUUUAUCAUUAUCAUUCCGACACUUCUUUGCGUUAUAGACAAAGCUCUGCAUGUGAAGUGUGGUACCAUUCUCAUGGCGUGCAUGAAGCUUGGAUCCAAACCUGAAGCCUUUCACCUCGAUGGCCAAACCUUGCUCUGCUCAACUGGUCUUCCAAGCGAUGUUAUCAUUGAAGUUGGAGAAAUGUCUUUUCAUCUGCACAAGUUUCCUCUGCUGUCCAGAAGUGGGGUAAUAGAAAAUCUUAUUGGAGAAUCUUCUGGUGAGGAUGAAAGAAAUUGUAUCUUGCAACUGCAUGACAUACCAGGAGGAGCCAAAACCUUUUUGCUUGUGGCCAAGUUCUGUUAUGGUGUUAAAAUAGAACUCACUGCGUUGAAUGUAGUCAGUCUCAGGUGUGCAGCCGAGCAUCUUCAAAUGAAAGAAAACUUUGGAGAGGGGAAUCUGGUUAGUCAAACAGAAAAUUUCUUAAAUGAAGUCUUUGGAGACUGGACAGACUCACUUAAAGCUCUUGAAGCAUGUGAAGAGGUUCUACCACAUGCCGAAGAGCUUCAUAUUGUUUCAAGAUGCAUUAAUUCUUUAGCAGUGAAAGCUAGUGCAGAUCCGAGCCUAGUCGGUUGGCCUGAGUCGGGAGGUGAAGCAGCACAGAGCCCAGUGGGCACUGUUUUAUGGAAUGGAAUUCUCACGUCGUCCAAUCCCCAUCCUGUAAGUGAUGAUUGGUGGUAUGAGGAUGUGUCCUGCCUUAAACUACCAAUGUAUAAGAGGCUGAUCCUGGCUGUUGAAUCAAGAGCCAUGAGGCCGGAGAGGAUUUCUGGGUCCCUCAUGUACUAUACAAAAAAGUAUCUCCCACUGAUGGGUAGACAAUCGAGCUUUCAGAAUGGAAACCGUGCUGCCCUUGGAUCAACUGUUUCUGCUCUGUCUGAUGCAGAUCAAAGGAACCUCCUUGAAGAGAUAGUAGAGUUACUACCUGAUCAAAAGGGAGUCACAUCAACCAAGUUCCUGCUUAGGCUUCUCCGGACAUCCAUGCUCUUACAUGCAAGCCCAUCAUGUCGAGAGAAUUUGGAGAAACGGAUUGGGGCCCAGUUGGAUCAAGCAGUCCUUGAAGAUCUCAUUAUACCAAAUUUGGGAUAUUCAGUGGAGACCCUUUAUGACAUUGACUGUGUUCAGCGAAUCCUCGACCACUUCAUGUUGGUUGACCGUGAUGUAACUGAUUCUACAAAUUGUAUAGUAGAUGAAGCGCAGUUGAUGGUAGGGUCCCAUUCACUGACUCGAAUGACAAUGGUGGCAAAUCUGGUGGAUGGGUAUCUUGCCGAGGUGGCACCUGAUGUCAAUUUGAAAUUGCAAAAAUUUCAGUCACUUGCUGCUGUUAUCCCUGAUUAUGCCAGGCCAUUAGAUGAUGGAAUUUACCGGGCUAUUGAUAUAUACCUCAAGGCACAUCCAUGGCUAACAGAUUCAGAGAGAGAACUAAUCUGCAGACUUGUGAACUGCCAGAAGCUCUCAUUAGAAGCGAGCACCCAUGCAGCCCAGAAUGAGAGGCUGCCACUUCGACUCAUCGUCCAAGUUCUAUUCUUUGAACAGCUUCGUCUGCGCACAUCCAUUGCUGGAUGGUUCUUCGUCUCGGACAACUUGGAGACCUCUCAGGACCCUAGUGGGAAUCUUGCCCUCCCCAGGAGAAGCACAACACAGGAUGAAAUUGUUGCGGUUGACGAUAUGAGGGAGCGGGUUUCCGAGCUCGAGAAAGAGUGUCUGAGCAUGAAAAAAGAGAUUGAAAAGCUGGUGACGACGAAAAGGAGCUGGAACAUCUUCUGCAGAAGGCUUGGGUUUAGACUAAAGCCAAAUUCCUCCGGUCCAAAGGCCUCCAAUAAUGCCAAAGCUUCACCAUCAUCAACUACACCUCUCCUUAAUACUAGUCAAAAUCAACACAGUGGUAAGCUAGUGUGAUUGAAUUUUGAAAGUUCCCACAUCAAACAAAGUGAUUUUUCCUUCAUUCCAGCUUUGGAAAGUUAUAGUUGUCCAUUUGUUUGUUUGUUUGUUUGUGGAGUAGCUAAUGCUGUAACCAUAUUUACACAUUAGAUAUACUGAAUUUGACCCACAUGGCAUAUUUUUUUAUUUUCUAGUAUGAUCCCAAUUUAUUUCUAA